CUACAGAGUUGCUCACCCAUUGAGGUAAGAAGGGAAGCAACCUACGGUAAAGGGAAGCAAGUCUCACCCACAAAGGAAACAAGUCUCACCCACAAGGGAAGCAAGUCUCACCCACAAGGAAAGCAAGUCUCACCCACAAGGAAAGCAAGUCUCACCCACAAGGAAAGCAAGUCUCACCCUCAAGGGAAGCAAGUCUCACCCACAAGGGAAGCAAGUCUCACCCACAAGGGAAGCAAGUCUCACCCACAAGGGAAGCAAGUCUCACCCUCAAGGGAAGCAAGUCUCACCCACAAGGGAAGCAAGUCUCACCCACAAGGGAAGCAAGUCUCACCCACAAGGGAAGCAAGUCUCACCCACAAGGGAAGCAAGUCUCACCCACAAGGAAAGCAAGUCUCACCCACAAGGGAAGCAAGUCUCACCCACAAGGGAAGCAAGUCUCACCCACAAGGGAAGCAAGUCUCACCCACAAGGAAAGCAAGUCUCACCCACAAGGGAAGCAAGUCUCACCCACAAGGGAAGCAAGUCUCACCCACAAGGGAAGCAAGUCUCACCCACAAGGACAGGAUAUGAGUUCCAGAAGGAAAUUAGCAAGACGAGAAACAAAGCAGGAGGUGAGGCUGUCAAUAAAAUCUACAUCGUACGGCCACAGUGAUGACGACAUGGGGGACACGCCCCCCUCAGCUCACCGGCUCAGAGACAUAGAGACAACGACCCGGAAGUUGAGAGCAGCCUUGACAUUGCAGAAACCUGACCGGGAACACCGAGCACCUCUAGACUACGAUGAGGCGAGGUCAGACGAUUCUUGCAGGUCACGUGUUCGGGAGGUGGAGGACGAACUAACGAAAGUGAAACGUGAAGUGAAGUCGCUGAGGGCGGAAGUGAGACUCCAGGACUCACGUAUCACUGAGAUCGUCAACAGACAAAAAUAUCUGACGGAAAAAUUCGAGUCUGGUUUUAAAGUUAUCGCAGACAAAAAGGAGAAAGCUUUAAGACCUAAGCUAAAAACCGUUAGCAAAGCAGGCAGUUCUAGUAUAUUAAAGGAGCUCUAUCGUCGCAAAAGAAAAGCCAAUGCUUUAGAACUCACUUGGGAGGAAUCAUCCACUUCAAGCAGAAGUGGAACAGAAACUGAAGAUGAUUCUGACGAGGUGGAGGAAGUCAAGGUCAUGUCCAAGGACACGUGGGCAGACUUCAACAUCCCUUACACCAGAAAAAUUCUUACUUCCGGCAAAAAAUUCUACUCUCCAUUCUAUACUUUAAGCAACACGCCUUGUCGUGUGCGUGUGCAGGCCAUGUUCGACAGGGAAGAGUAUCUUAGAGUUAAGGUUCUUGUCUCAGCUAACGAGGCCAGAACCCCCUCCAAGAUCUCCUUCACGGGCGUCGGUAGGAUCUACAACUUGAGCCCGGGCGCCCACUCGCAGGUGUGGAAACUCGACUCGGAGUUUGUGUCGCUCCCAGAGCCGGGCUCGGAGCUGGCUUUGGAGGCAGGCGUCUACCUGAAGACACUCAGGUACGACACCGCCAACAUCACAUUCUCAAAGCUUGCAAGUUACGUGCACACGGGCGCUCUCAGAUUUCUGUGGAAUGUCCAAGCCGUCAAACCAUUCUGAGAGACAGGCUGGUCAAAUGCCAUAGAAUCGAGAGUCAAAUACAAAUGUUAUAUGGCUUAUCGUUAUAUAUAUAUAUAUAUAUAUAUAUAU